CGCAGAGCUGUCGCAUUAGUGAUGGUGGUGGAGUGAGGAGCUCGCGGUGCGCAGACAGCAGGACUCAACAAGCAGGAGGCCGGGAGUGGUGAGCGGCGGGCGCGACAACCUGCUGCGGACCGAGCGAUUUGAAUCCUGAGAAGCUGAAGGCUGGAGUGAUUGUGAAGAUUUAUUGCUGCGGGAACCACCCACGCUGCAGAGGAGACCAUUCACUCUGACAGCACAAAGCCAGAGUGUCCAGGAAUUUAUGGAUGGUUAGCAACACUGGUGGUCAUAUGCAUAGUUAACAGCAGAUACUACUAAACAAGACUGGAUCUGCCUACGAUCUGCAGACCAGCUUACAAAUGUCUCCUACGAGGUUAAAGUGUGGGAUUUUUUGCUCUCUUCCAUAAGCAGCCAUAAGAUGAGCUCCAUUACAGACAGAGAUGAUGGGAGUAAUUUUGAUGGACUUGUGGAAGAGGAUGACAGGGAUAAAGCAAAACGGGUGUCUCGGAACAAGUCUGAGAAGAAGCGUAGAGACCAGUUCAAUGUGCUCAUUAAAGAGCUUGGCUCUAUGCUGCCGGGAAAUGCUCGGAAGAUGGAUAAAUCCACAGUAUUGCAAAAGAGUAUUGAUUUUCUGCGGAAACACAAAGAAAUUAGUGCACAGUCAGACGCCAGUGAAAUCCGACAGGACUGGAAGCCGGCGUUCCUUAGCAAUGAGGAGUUUACACAGCUCAUGUUGGAAGCCCUGGAUGGAUUUUUCCUGGCAGUUAUGACGGAUGGAAACAUCAUCUAUGUAUCAGAGAGUGUUACACCUUUACUUGAACACUUACCUUCUGAUCUUGUUGAUCAGAGUAUAUUUAAUUUUGUCCCCGAGGGGGAACAUUCAGAAAUCUAUAAAAUCUUGUCCUCGCGCAUGGUGGAAAGUUCUUCUUUGGGCUCAGAUUAUCUGAAAACAAAGAAUGAACUUGAAUUCUGCUGCCACAUGUUGCGAGGAACCGUGGACCCAGAAGAACCAGCCACAUAUGAAUUUGUAAAAUGCAUUGGAAACUUCAAGUCCUUAAACAAUGUGUCGAAUUCAACACACAAUGGCUUUGAUGGGACGUUACAGAGAUCGCUCAGGCCCACAUACGAGGACCGAAUCUGCUUUGUAGCUACUGUGCGGCUGGCUACACCUCAGUUCAUUAAGGAAAUGUGCACUGUGGAGGAACCUAAUGAGGAGUUCACCUCAAGACACAGCUUGGAAUGGAAGUUCCUCUUCCUAGAUCACAGAGCUCCUCCAAUAAUUGGAUACUUGCCUUUUGAGGUGCUGGGCACUUCAGGCUAUGAUUACUAUCAUGUGGACGACUUGGAGAAUCUUGCAAAAUGUCAUCAACAUUUAAUGCAGUAUGGGAAAGGAAAGUCUUGUUACUAUAGGUUCCUGACAAAGGGACAACAGUGGAUUUGGCUGCAGACUCGAUAUUAUAUCACCUACCAUCAGUGGAAUUCCAGACCAGAGUUCAUUGUGUGCACACAUACUGUCGUAAGCUAUGCUGAGGUUGGUUCAGAAAGGAGGCGUGAGCGUGGUAUUGAAGAUUCCCCACCAGUGAUCAUCUCGGAUAAAAAUCAGGACAGUGUCUCAGACCAUCAUAUAAACAAGGACAGUCUGAAGGAUGCCUUGGAAAGGUUUGAUGACAGCAGGACACCAUCUCCUUCAUCCAAGAGUUCCAUCAAAUCCUCUUCUCACACGGCCGUGUCUGAUCCAUCAUCCACACCUACCAAGAUUCCAACAGACACCAGUACGCCUCCACGACAGGCUCUGUCAGGCUUGGAUAAGAGGCGCUCCUCCAUUAGCAGUCAGUCAAUAAGCUCGCAGUCUCUUAACCAGUCAUUAUCACAGCCAGUACAGAAGCAACCACCUCCUGCCAUCCAUCUACAGUCUGGGAUAAGUCAGUCCAUAUUUCAGUUUACAGCACAGUUUGGAGCCAUGAAACACCUGAAGGAUCAGUUGGAGCAAAGAACUCGUAUCAUAGAGGAGAACAUUCACCGGCAGCAGGAGGAAUUGCGGAAGAUUCAAGAGCAGCUGCAGAUGGUCCAUGGUCAGGGCUUCCAGAUGUUUCUACAGCAGCCCACCCCAGGCUUGAAUUUUGGACCAGUGCAGGUUUCAUCAGGCACCAGCUCAAACAUUCAGCAGCUACCACAGCUAACCAUGCAGGGUCAAGUGAUUCACAAUAACCAGCUGCAGGGGGCUAUGAACACCAGCCACAUGGGAGCUCCGCACAUGCUCCAGCAGCCACCUCUACAAAACACUAGCCAGGGCCAGCAAAACAUACAUGGAGGACAUUCUCAGCAGACAUCUAUGUCCAGCCAGGCACCACUGUACAACACAAUGGUGAUCUCUCAACCAUCCUCUGCGAAUAUGGUGCCAAUGCCAUCCAACAUGCAGCAGGGUAACCAGGGAGCCGCUGUCAGCACAUUUCCCCAAGACCGACAAAUUAGGUUUUCACAAGCGCAGCAGAUAGUAACCAAACUUGUGACCACACCAGUGGCUUGUGGAGCAGUCAUGGUUCCAAGCACAAUGUUCAUGGGGCCAGUUGUAACUGCGUACUCAACAUUUGCCACACAGCAGCAACAACCACAGACCAUUUCCAUUACCCAGCAGCAACAGAGCCAGCAGGAGCAACCACAGCAGCUGCCAUCUGUGCAACAACAGCAAGCUCAAGCACAACUAGGCCAGCAGCCACAACAAUUCUUACAGGCCUCCAGGCUAGUUCAUGGGAACCAGUCCGCUCAGCUCAUCCUCUCCUCUUUUCCUGUACAACAAGGCACCUUUGCUCCAUCCCACCAGCAGCAGUUAACGCGGCACAGGACUGACAGCAUGAGUGAUCCUUCUAAAGUCCAGCAACUGUAGGAAUAACUUCUGGUGGACAUUAUAAAGAGGCUAUUGAUGGGAGUAUUGAGAUUGGUAUCACUACUAAAGCAGCGCGAUGAAUGUUUGGUACGAGAUGACGGAGUUCAGUCACUGGGAGCUUAUAUGCUUUGUCGUACGGCUCUGCUGUAAUACAGCAUUAGGGUGAUUUUAUUUUAUCCUUUGGUCCUAGAGAUGCUGGCAAACUUCCACCGCUCUGUAGAAGCACACUAGUGUGUACUGGUGGUUUUUUGUGUUCUGGUUUUAAUAUGAAACUUAUAACAAUUUUAGAUUUUUAUGUGAUGCCAGUUUUUAGAUUCUUUCACCAAAUGCAUCUUCAGACUCUUGUAUAUCUGUGCACAGCGGGCUUUAUUAUCAGUACAUGCACACAUUUUAUUGCUUGUGGUUGCGAAGAUGUAAGUUGCUGUAGAACAAUCUCAUGAACUUUAGGUAAAUUGUAUGUGCAAGUGUGCCCCACGUUAAAGGGGCUGUCCGGGUUUCGGAAGAAGAGUCCUUUUAUUUUCAAUGGCAAUACCAAGCAGAGCCCAUGGAGUGUUUCUCAUUAUAAACAUUUCUGAUUGCUGGGACCCUAUUCCUGGCCAUGUGCUAUAAAUUAUUAACUAUUAACCCUCUUUCAUCAACCCUACUCUAUUAACCCUUUCACUUUACCCUAGUGCAGAAUGACUAGUCUUGUUUGUUAUUCUGACCAUUCUGUUCAGGAUAUCAGAGGGGUGCUCCUUUUCUGCACCCUGUGCUUUAUACAGAAAGAUCUGUGGUACCCAUCUGACCUGAUAUCUAGUCCACAACCCAUAUGCUUAAAAACUUUACAUGGGUGACCAGUUUGGAUUAGUCCCCAUGUAUAUGUAUGCACACGUUCAAGCUCAGACUUAGUAUUUUUCUCUAAUGAUCUAGAUAACUCCCAUAGCUCCUUAUUGGCAUUUGUGUUUGUUUGUGUUUUUUAUUUGGUGUAUGUUUCAUUGAUGUCAUUGGCUUGGACAUCUACACAAUGGGGCAAGGAUACUCUGCUCACACCCUCUUAGACAGACAGAGUGCCAGUGUAGUCUCAAAGUAUUGCAGCUGGUCAUUUUCUGCAAAAUUUACCCAUAGCUUGGGUUGCAAAUGGCUGAUGUCCAGACCGGUGUCUUACUUUCUAUACUAUUUGUGCACAGUACCUACAUGACAAUUCUAAUACUAAUUCAGGUCUUUACUGUGCAUCUUCAGCAUGCAGUAGUUGUGUUGUAGCUACACAGGAGCAAUAAGACCCGGGCACUUGGGUUAAGAGACCUGUUGUAGGUUAUUCUGACAUUGCUGUUCAGAAUAUCAGUGGAGUGCUCUGUUUCUCCGGCAAGUUGGAGCAAUACUGCCCUCUGCUGGCCAUAAAGAUUAGACCAUCUAAUGUAUAUGGGGCCCCCCAACUCUCCCCCAGUGGCUGAUGUCAGGGUAGAUAAGAAUUGGUCAUGUUGGAUUUCAGCCCAUCCUUUUGGUUCUUGAGGAAAUAAGCCAAAAGUCUGGCAGUGAUCUUCCCUCUCCCACUCAUGGCCAAGCCAAACAUGCAUAUGUAUGGGAUGAUCCGGAGAGAGAGCUGUUGGCCCAAAGAGUGUAUGUACAGUUAGCUCAAGGCUUUUCCCAAAUUAUUAGAUGUGCCUAAGUGUUUAAGGACAACAGAAUUAGUAGAAACUCAAUGGUGAUAACACUUCAAGCUAACGUCUGUAAUUUUUAAGGUUAUGUGCACAUUUGUAACCUUCUGAGCACUGCAGAUGUGUUUGUGGUCAGAGCAGGAUAGUGUUAUUCACAAAGGAAAUUCCAGAGCUGUAUUACCCAUCGGCUAGAAAGAAGGAAUGGGGGGGGAAUAAGACCAACUUCUCAGAGAUUGUCCUCUGAGUUCUGAACUUGCAGCUCCACAAGCAGACCGAUCUUAAAAAUAAAAGAACCAAUAGAAGCCAAAACAUACUGCAACUUGAACCGUUCAUAGAUAUAUACAUGUGUAAAAAAAAAAAAAAAAAAUUUAUUCUGUGACAGUUUGCACAUGCUUUUUGUAAAGAGUUUAUGCUCCACUUUGUGUGACAUGGUUGGCCCUAAGUGACCAAACGAUUAUUAUACAGUUAUUAUCCUGUCCAAUUGUCAUUAUUAAGACCAGUUCUUUUCAUGAAUCUCUAGAACCAAAGAUAAGACCCCAUGCACGCCACCGUGUGCAUCCUGGGAAACACAUCCCGCCGUCAGUCUGGGAGAUACAGUCGACACGCGGGCUGCGUUUCCCGAACUGUACACGGUCACGUGCAUGUGGCCUAUGUGGCAGCGAUGACAGAUCAAUCGGCAUGUUACAAAUUAUGCUGCGUUUGAUAACAUAAAGUGUAAUCAUUACUAUUUUUUGUAAACCACAAAACACUAUUUUGAGGAUUCAUUGUUGUAUAGAUGGUGUAAAAUAUUCUGUAAAUAAUUACAUAUAUAUAUGGAUAAUAUAAAAAUAACCAAAUUUUAUAUGCUGCAUGGCCGUAGGUUUUAUGUCUCUCUGAACCUGAAUUUUGACAUGCCCAUCCCAUUGUCGUCUCUUAUUGUUUUUUUUCCAGUUUUUAUACAUCGUGUAUUAUAAUUUUGUCGCGUGUGGUACUGUGUCAUAAGUUGUGGGAUUAGUAUGCUUGUGCAUUGUGCGUGCGUUCCCCGUCCCCCCCCCCUUUCUUUUUGGGGUAAUUAAUGACUAUAUCAAAGCGACAAAUAUCUUUUUACUAUUGCCCAUAGUACUUUCCCAACAUGUUACAUGGUUAUCUGUUAAUAUGUUUAAAUUUGCACUUUUCUUUCUUGAUGGUGUAAAAACUUUUACCUCUCAGAAGUUAUUUUUUGUAAUGGGAGAGAUAUUUUAAUCACAGAAUUUAAAAAAAAACUAAGGUUCCGUUCUAGGAGUGAUUUGCACAAAAAAAAAAAAGAUAAAAAUCUAUUAAUAUACAAUAUAUUUUAGCCAGCUCUGUGCUGUUGUUACUGUCUAUAGAGGGCUAUAACCCAAACUGUCAGCUGAGAUUCUUCUAUACAGUGCCUUGUACUUCUAUUCAGGGUAAACCGCGGAAGAGGAAGGAGCCCUUUCUGCAUCUACCAAUUCUCUCUUGUCUCACCUCGGCAGAUCACUUUAUACAAAUAUUUUAGCCUGGGACCUGUGAACAUUGAAAUGACAUUUGUGGAAAUUACAUUCCGCACUAUACACCAAUGAUUCCAUUAGUGUAUUGCCUGGGUGACAGUCAUAGGAAUGCAUUGACUUCGGUCAGAAUUUGCUUUAGAAGCACAAAAGUUAUGUUACAGCACAGUAUUUCUACCAUAUAAGAAAAUGGAGGCUAAAGUCCAAUCAUCCCCCAUUAACAAAAUACAUUUUUGUGAAUUACGGUAGUUCAUCCUGUAGGACUUGUACAGGGAAGGAGGUGCGAGACCAUAUAGACUGUAGCGCCAGUUCUGAAGGGAUCUUGUAUUCUUCAGCCAUGUCCCUUAUAUGCUACUUGUAGCUACGGACUGUGCUAGAGUCUUUUAGCUUACAUUGUGUUUAUUUUGUUGCCAUUGCUUAUAAUGAUCAAUCGGUUACAGACGAACUUUAAAGUAUAUAUCUGACUGGAAGCCACAGUGACCUUUCAUAAAUAAGUCCUAGGGCUUCUUUUUUUCUAUAUAGGUCUUAGUUCUCAUAGGUUUGAACUCAUCACUUAAAACCUGCCCACAAGACUUUUUCUAUUCCCAGAAACAGGUCUACUCUUGUACGUAGGCUGUGUCUGGUAAUACAAUUGAACCCGAUUUACCGUAUUUUUCGCCUGAUAAGAUGCAUCUAGGUUUUAGAGGAGGAAAAUAAAUAUUUUUCAUCAGACCCCCAUAUCAGAUCUCCAAACCAGAUCUCAUUCAGGCCCCCAUAUCAGAUCCUCAGAUCAGAUCUCCAUACCAGACCUCAAUCAGACCCUAUAUCAGAUCCUCAGAUCAAACCCCCAUAUCAGAUCUCAAUCAGACCCCCAUAUCAGAUCUCCAAACCAGAUCUCAUUCAGACCCUCAUAUCAUAUCCUAAGAUCAGAUCUCCAUACCAGACCUCAAUCAGACCCCAUAUCAGAUCCUCAGAUCAAACCCCCAUAUCGGAUGUCAGAUCAGACCCCCCAUAUCAGAUCUCCUAUACCAGAUCUCAAUCGGACCCCCAUAUCAGAUCUCCAAACCAGAUCUCAUUCAGACCCCCAUAUCAUAUCCUCAGAUCAGAUCUCCAUACCAGACCACAAUCAGACCCCCAUAUCCAGGGACGUAGCUAGAAAUGACUGGGCCCCAUAGCAACAUUUUUUUAUGGGCCCCCCUCUCCCGGGUCUCCCACCCCCACAUACC